UAGUGGAGAGUGGUGGCGUCGUGUGCGCUGUCAGGUGCGGUGACCUCACGGGACGUGGGGUCGCACGCGCUGGGCAGUGCACGCGACAUCACCCCUCCGAGGGUAUAUAAGGGAGACCCCGUAACGUAAGCGGGGUCACUGGAGGAACGGGGAUAGUGGAAGGGGUAAAGAGGGAACCAGGGAUAGUGAUAAGUGUUAAUAAACCCUGGCGGAAGCCCCUAACUCAACCUCCGUCUCCGAGUACCUCCGUCUACGAUACAACAACUGGUGUCAGAAGUUUACACCGUCGCCAACAUGUAUAAAGCGGGCGCACGGCGUAGGAACCCACCGGCACAUGACUUGGAGGGCGCCGAAGGCGGAGAGGAGGCUCCAGCAGUGACCCCGGAGCCCGGGACCCCGGUGACGGUUCCCGUGGAGACGAGCGGGCCGGAGCGGGAGGAGUCGGCUGCGGGGAGUGCCAGCUCACCGCCGCCGCCAGAGACGGAGAGCGUCCCCGCAGCUCUGCUGCAGCAGCUCCUGCAGGCGGUGGGGCAGCUGACAGCCAGGUUGGCCAAGGUGGAGGCGCGGACGCAGCCAACCGCCCCGCACGCGGGACGGGAGCAACUGUCAACUGCCAACGUUGAAAGCGCCGCAGUUUUCCCAGCGACCGCUCCACCGGAAAUGGCCGCCAUGUUGGCUGCGACUCAAUCCGCGGCGGCCAUGUUGGCUCGGGAGCCAUAUGCGGCCGCUGCUACGGCUGCCAUGGCGACCGCGACGCCGCGUCUCUCCACCGACGCGGCCGGGAUUUCUCGGCACGCCGCUCCUGCGAGACCAGCCGCCGGCGACGACGCGGCUCUACAUCAAGCUGCACCCGCCGGGGGGGCCCCAGCGACCGCUCCACCGGAAAUGGCCGCCAUGUUGGCUGCGACGCAAUCCGCGGCGGCCAUGUUGGCUCGGGAGCCAUAUGCGGCCGCUGCUACGGCUGCCAUGGCGACCGCGACGCCGCGUCUCUCCACCGACGCGGCCGGGAUUUCUCGGCACGCCGCUCCUGCGAGACCAGCCGCCGGCGACGACGCGGCUCUACAUCAAGCGGCGCCCGCCGGGGGGGCCCAGGGCCCCUCCCGAGUGAGGCCGACAGAGACCCCCCAGGCACCGGAGGCCACGGCGGUGGGCCUGUUGCCCGCUGACGGCCCACCUGCACGGGUGGCGGACACCGCACGAGGGAGCGGGCCAGCAGCGCAUACCCGCUCGAGGGGGGUGCGGCUCCGGUGACGGCCCUGAUGGCCGUUCAGCGGGCCUAGCCCCUGGCGCCCGUUCGGCGCUAUCCGGCGGAUGAGGCCUUCGGGCUCUAUUUGUUUUGUUUUUUUGUUGUUACUGUUCUGCUUGAAGGGCCGUGCUGCCCUAAGGUUGAUUGCAGCCGGGUCGGCUGUUUUUUUUUACGGGGGGGGGUGAUGUAGAGGAGUAGUGGAGAGUGGUGGCGUCGUGUGCGCUGUCAGGUGCGGUGACCUCACGGGACGUGGGGUCGCACGCGCUGGGCAGUGCACGCGACAUCACCCCUCCGAGGGUAUAUAAGGGAGACCCCGUAACGUAAGCGGGGUCACUGGAGGAACGGGGAUAGUGGAAGGGGUAAAGAGGGAACCAGGGAUAGUGAUAAGUGUUAAUAAACCCUGGCGGAAGCCCCUAACUCAA